AGUUGUCUGUUUGUUACAAUUACGCCGUACGUCUUUAUUCUUUCUUACAUUUUUGGCAACACUACCACCAGGAUGCUUUAUUGGCUAGCGGUCAGUCGGGGGCGGUGCUUGGGCUAUGGUUGCAGGCGGUGUUGUAUCGAAGCCGAUACAUACACGGCACAUAUUGUGAAAUCUUAAUAGCCACUACACUAUACAGUGAGCGGCACGUACUCGUUGCAGUGAUCUCAAACGGUUUUUAUUCUUUCAUAUUUUGAGAGAUACUCAACGGCAUCUUUUCACACACGCAGAGAGUAUAGCGAGCGGGGCAGAAUCUUGAGUAAUAUUAUCGCCGGUGUGUGUAUGUAUGUGUGAGUUAUCUGUUCGGCAACAAUUUUUUCGUUGUUAGAGUUUUUUUCACCCUACCUGUAACAGUCAUCAUCUACCGCCAUAUGCGCACAUUGCAUCGUCAAUAAACCCACACUGCGAAGAAUCGGAACGCGGAACUUUUACCUCAGCAAUUGUUGUGCCACUUUUCGCUUGCUGCUUUAAUGCAGCAUAUUUUUCUCUAGUCGUUCCGUUCGGCGCGAGAAGAAAGAGAAUUGUUAUAUUGCGCUGUCUUCCAACAUCUUCGUCGGAUACACUCUAUCAUCGCUACUAAACAGGCGCGUAUGUGCGCCGUGUGCGGCGGAAACCCAUCUUUCUUUUGUUGAUUUGCGGCGUUUUGAGACGACAGCGUGUUGUUAAGCGUAAGGCGUCUGCCAUCAUGAAACCUCACUUUCUCCAACGGGUAUCCUGUGGCUGGAUAACGGUAUUGAUAUGCACUCAAGUAUUAUGUGGAGCAUCGCCAGGUGCAUUCGUGGAAGAGCCAGCCGAUCAAGAAGUGAAUCCAGCUGACACCGUCGAUCUCCGAUGCCGGCUGACUCCCCAACCUGCCGGACCAAUUACCGUACUCUGGCUAAAGGACGGCCAACUGCAGAAUACGCAGGCCAGCGGUCUGUACACCAGCACCGGUGACCCCAGCAACUUCGACUAUUCCAUUCGCAUCAACGGCGCCACCGUCGAGCGGGAUGACGGGGUGUGGGAGUGCCAGGGAUUGGUCAGCGGAGGGACAGUGGGUUCGCGGAAAGCCCAUGUGGUCGUCCGGCAGGCACCGCACGACCGACCGAUCAUGCAGCAGGAUGCCGGGACCAUUCGCAAUGGGGAUGAUCUACUGCUGAAAGCCGAUCAGAACUAUACGGUCACUUGCGAAGUACACGAGGCUAAUCCUCCCGCCAAAAUUAAAUGGACGAUUGGGAAUAAAGACGUUAGUGACUUUGCCCAUACCAUCAAUCAAACGGGACCCAACAGUAAACUGUACAACACCAUCAGUACAUUGACCUAUCAGUAUCAGCCGCGGGACAAUCAGGCCCAGCUCAAAUGCGACACCAUCCACGCGGCACUGGCCGGUCCCUUAUCCACUUAUGCCCAUCUCAAUGUCCAGUUCGCUCCCAUAAUACAAUUUCAACAAGAGCCUCCGGGAGACAUUAGCGAAGGACAGGAUGUAUUACUAACAUGCCUGGCUAAUGCCAACCCGCCAGCGUCCAUCAAGUGGAACGUCAAUAACAACCAGGAGAUGCCCAUGCUCAAUGAGACCACCAUCAAGAUCCAGUCGGCCUCCCAUGUUUCCAAUGGGAACUACACCUGUGUGGCCAGUAACGACGGUUUUGCGCCGACCCGGGUCUCCUAUACUGUGGCUGUACGAUAUCCGCCCAGCUUUGUGAUACACCCACAGGGCAGCAGUGUUGAUGUUGACCAAACCUACUCGAUGUUUUGCGAUGCUGAAGGAUACCCGCCACCCCAGAUACAGUGGCUGCAGAACACCACAGAUGGCCAGACGAUCGUGCGCGGCGCCGAUCGCAUGCUCAACAUCACCGUCGACUACAGUUCACAGGGAAAAUAUUGGUGCAAAGCCAGUAAUACCAUCAACAAUAAGGACAAUAUUGUUCUAUCCGAUGUGGCGGAUCUGCUUGUCAAGGGACCUCCCAAAUUUGAGAAUUUAGCCUCGAAUCCCCGACUGGAAGUUGUGGGUGAGAAGGGCGGCGAUGCGACGCUGACUGCCUUGUAUUGCAGUAAUCCGCCACCGACUUCCGCUUACUGGAUGCGAGAACAGAAAGCCGCCGAGCGCUCCAAGUCCCAGCGAAUCGAACCCGGUCCGACCGGCAAUAAGAAAUACGACAUCAAGACGAAAGACCGCUCCUCCGGAUGCUACGAAUCCCGACUAAUCAUCUCCAAUCUGGAAGCGGCUGAUUCCGGGAAAUACAAAUACUGGGUGGAGAAUGAAAAAGGACCGAACGCUUUCACGACCAUGCUUACUGUCAGAGAUUCCGUUAAUACUGCCCUGAUUAUUGGACUGGUUGUUGGACUGGGAGGAGCGUUGAUUUUGGCGUUGAUUGCUGCUCUUUGUUGUUAUCGACUGAAAAAAUUCUGUUUUGCUUCGAGCAAAAAAGCCGGGAGUUUUGACAUCGAGAAACGGGAAGUUAAACAGGAGAACGGAACAACCACCAUCGAGACAACCCGCACUGUGCAGAGAGAGGAUAAUUUAAAACAGAAUCCCCUACAAACGGAAUCCAUGUUCAUUAAGACGGACAACAAAAAACCCAACGGUGUCGGCAGUCAUGUGAUUAUGAACGGUGUCAAUGGCGUUCAGAACGGAAAUGAUCUCAGUAAAAAAACUGGCCGUGUGGAUGGGAUGCCGGCCGAAGUACUACAUUAUGCUCAAUUGGAUGUUGACGGACCAAAGGAGAACGGCCACCAUGGACCAAUGGGCAGUCCCCGCCUGGAGGUGCGCAACGGCCACGAUUACUCAGAUAUUCGACCAACGGUUUUGUAGAGUGUUGUCUCUUCCUGGCGCUUUUGCUUUGCUUUGAUGCACAGAAUGUUUUUGGUUUUUCUUCCGGCAUAAUUGUAUUGGCGUGUCAUUUAUCUUCCGCAACGCGUAUCGCGACCACCAUGGACAGGUUUUCGGGGGCGGAUCGGAACGAAUUUGUUUGAGGACUUUAGUGUGCGUGCAUGCACGGAACAUUCCGCUUUCUUUCAGCUUUUAUGAAUCUGUUUUUAGUGAACCUUGUUGGAUUUUGCUUUGUCUACUUGUCACUUAUAAAUUUUCCUAAAUUGUAUCGUGUUGGAUACUAUUACUGGACGCGGAGGUCACAAUCUCUUGAAUUUAUGUACUCGUACGAGUGAAUACGUCAUGUAUAUACCUACCACCGUUAAAUUUAUAGAAUUUUGUCUCUUAUUGUUUUCGGUAGUAGCAGACUUUGUGUUUGAAUGGGUAGUGACGUCAUAUUUUGUAAACUGCAUGUUUCACCUUUGCUGCUGCACCUUUGUCGUUUGAUAGUCAUUCUGCUUUAAUGCAAAGUGAUUUUUAUUAGCUAAUUCAAUGCUGUUCUUACGUGUAUUCGUGCGCCACACCAAUAAAGUUUGUG